AUGGGCAUUGGCCGGCGGGGAAACCAGGUCAAUGUCAUUGAUUUCGGGCUCGCUAAGAAGUUUAGAGACCCUAGAACGUAUAUGCAUAUUCCGUACCGAGAGAACAAGAACUUGACUGGUACUGCACGAUAUGCCAGUAUCAACACCCAUUUGGGUGUCGAACAGAGCCGGAGAGACGAUUUGGAGAGUCUGGCCUAUGUUCUGAUUUACUUUUGUCGCGGUUCUUUGCCGUGGCAAGGACUCAAAGCACAGACAAAGAAGGAGAAAUACGAUCGCAUCAUGGAAAAGAAAAUGACCACAUCGACCGAGGCUUUGACAAGAGGAUUACCCUGCGAAUUUACUAUAAUCCUCAAUUACGCGCGAUCGCUGACUUUCGACGAUAAACCCGAUUAUCUGUAUCUUCACCGAGUUGUCAGAGAACUGUUUAAUCGUCAAGGGUACCAGUAUGAUUAUGUGUUUGACUGGACUAUUUAUAAGCAUCACCAGCAGAAACAGGCGGAAAACAACGGUGCUAAUGGCAGUAAUGCCAAAAAUAACAAUGGAGGCACUGGCGGAGCAGGUGCUGGUGCUACUGGAGGUGCUUCUGUUACCAACAAUGGCAAUGCAGCUGCCUUGCCAUCCAGUUCGCAACCAAAGUUGUUAGGUGGACCGAGUCAAUCCGGGCAAGCUGUGAACCAGUCUUCAAGUGCACAGGCACAGGCUCAAGCUCAAGCUCAAGCAGCUCAAGCACAGGUUCAAGCUCAAGCUCAAGCACAAAUGGCACAGGCUCAAGCGCAACUUCAAGCCCAAGCUCAAUUGCAACGUCAGCAACAGGUUCUGGCCGGUAACGGACAAGGACACGUGAGCCACCCGUCGUCGUCGAAUCUCCACAAUGAGGCCACCGGAGGAUACUACCGGGGUUACGACGACAGCAUGGCCCGAUACAACAAAUCCGGGUCACCUCAAGAACAGGGUGGCCAGGCACAUCCACAAGCCAAACGCCAGGACAGUGACCCGCUGAUUGACGCUCUCCAGCUCGGCAACCAGGCCUGGUUGUAG